CUUAGUUGGAAAAACACGGAAGUGAACUGUCUUUUACUUCAUCCUGGUAAUUUAACCAAUUGCCGGUGCCUUAUAAACAAGUAAAGUUGACAUCACAGGGCAGGGUUCUCCAUCUGCUUGAGGAAUGAGAUUUAACAGCAAGGAACUGGCUGUACUAGCACAGCAAGACAGCAGCAAGUUUGAUAAGGAAGGCACACUUUUUAUGAAACAGAAAAACGACAAACUCUUCAAGAAAGGGGAAGCAUUGGUUGAGAAGUAUUUGAGACUGAGAGGCAAUUUGCUGUUUUACUUCAAAGGAAAAGAAUAUGUACAGAAAUCUGAGCCUCAAGGAGUGUUGGUCCUGGAAAGGUGUGCUGUGGAGCUAGAUGUCAAUGAACAAAACAGCUUCUCAUUUGUCAUAGUGUUUGAGGGUGACGAGGUGACGUACACGUUCUCGGCACUGACAGAAGAGGAGCGUGAUGAUUGGAUCCAGACGCUACAUGACGCGAGCUAUGAGUGCCUCAAGAUGCAGCUACAGAGCUUACGAGAGCAGGUACAGGCACGUACGGGUGAGGACCCCCUCAUCCAGAUGCUACAGCCAGACACAGGCAUGGACUUUGAAACCCGGGCUGCUGCUGAUACCAGCGACCCUGCUAUGGAAAUCAGCCUCACUGUAGAGGGAUUACCCAACGACAGUAAUGAACAGGCACCAAACCCAUUUGCUGUGGUGUACAUUAUCGUGCCUCCACAGCAACAGAACUGGCUUCAGCAUAGUCACACGGAGAUGGUUGAGAAGAACAACAAUCCCCAUUUUCUGAAGACGAUAGGGUUUGGAGAUACAGCAUGUCUGGAGACGUCAACGAGGGUAAAGAUUGCAAUCUACCAUGUGAAGGAGCGCAUGACAGGAACUAUGACCAUGAUUGGGCAUGUUAUAUUUACCUUGAACGAGCUGCUUCUCAGUGACACCAUGUCACUCAAGUUUGCCAUUGUUGGACCAGACUCCAGUAAAGUUGGGACCUUGAGCAUCGUCUCGUGGCUCAACGACACCAAUGAUGCUGUAACAGAUUUACAAGAACAUAAUGAUCGCUUCAGUGAUAGACCACCAUCCAUAAGAGCAAGACCCUUGUCUAUGAGAUGUCGAUCAAAACGUCUUGAGAUGCUUAAACCAGUCUGUGAUAACAUUGUGACACGAACAUUCCGAUUUGAUACAAAUGAUUCCAAUAAGCUCCUAGUGCAUGAAUACAUGGCGGAUAGCAAAUUCACCUUUGAGAUUCCUAUGAAAGUGCUGCAGCUGCUAAUUUCAGAGGAACAAAGAAGAAUCAAAGAGCUACAAGACAUUGGGCAGCUUCCACGUAUGUUAGAAUCGUAUUUGGCAGCAGAUAUUUCCCAUGGAGCUGCCGCAGUGUCGGAAUACACGGACAACAUAAACGUUUUGGCCUGCUACAGAGGUUCCACAAGUUGCACAACUAACAAGAAAUGCCGAAGUUUCAAGGCAAGUACCAAGAAGUCUGAUCGAGAGCUGGAGUUUGCUCCCCUGAAUCUUCACUUACAGAGAAUGAUUGUUCUCAAUGAGGCUAAUGCACAGUUUGGUUGCUAUGAUACGAUUACAGUCGGUGCAUUUGUGGCUCAUGCACGAAAGUUUCGAGCAGGGGGGUUAACUCAGUUGCUACAGAAACUGCAAGAAGGCUACACAGCCGAGGGGACCUUAAGUAAGGUUACAAAGGUCAAGAGGGCAUGUCAAUUAGUGAACACCUUGCUAGGCCUGCAGAGUGAGAUUGUUGUUCUGUGUGAACGAGUGUGUCAGGAGGCUCUGCAAGGGGACAGUGAUAGUCUGCAGGCAGCUACACUACAGCUCGAAUACACGGUUAAAGAUCUGGUACAGAAUUGUGAGAAACCAAUCCUGCAGGAAACUGCUGCCAAAUUGGCAGAUGUGCACGAGGAAAUGGAGGCCCUGUCAGAACAAAGUGGCAAACAGGAGGGGCCUCACAGUCGGGCCACUGGAUCACCAGGGUUUGGGAGAAAGACCACACAGUCAGAGGCCCCAGAGUUGAAGUGGAAAUGGACUGGUAGCUGCUUUAUUAAGAGCCCUACGAUUGAACCAUGGGACAUGACUCGAGUCAACACAGAGGCGUCCCUUGUAUGUCUCACAACCAUGGUGGAGGAUCUCAUACAGAACAAGAGCGGCCCCAUGGACCGCCCCAAGUGGCUCGGGGAGAUCAGCCCAGCUGUCAUCAAGCUCAAGAGCUUCAUAGAGAUCUGCUGUGAGAAGGCCGCCCACUUCAUGUCCUUCCUUGAUCUCAUGGAACAUAAAGAUAACCUCAAACUUAUGCACACAAUCAAAACCAGAAGAGAUAUAGUGUUUUCCCAGGCGUUGAGCAGUUUGGUGUUUGGCCUCGUGCUGCAUGUCACCUCAUUACUUGACCACCCGCACGUGUUUCCCCAGCUGGCUGGGCUCGGUUGUCUGGUGCAGGUCGAGGGGCUCCUCAGUUGCCACGGUGAGGACGUUCCCCUGCUUGAAGAUAUGAUUGUUGCCCUUGAUGACCUGUCAACCGUGUCAUUCAAGCUUGUACAGGAAACAAAACUUCGAAGGGAGGUGGAGCUGGUAGCCAAACAGUUGAAGAGAGCGUGCCAUUACCCAGACCUGAGUCGGCACCAUGUGUGUAUUGAGAUCCCGAUUCCCAAGAGUGGGUUUGACCAGCUACCUUCCAACCUGAAGUCAGGCUCAGAGAUCAAGCUCAUUCCUCUGUUCUUCAACAUCGGCAUCAAUGAGCAGGGUACACUAGCAGAGAGAUUUGGCAAUACCAGUUUACAAGAUAAAGCCAAUGAGGAGAGCUUUGGCCGUCUGCAUAAUUACGUGGAAGAGUAUAAAGACAAGUUCAUGGACAAAUCUUCAGGAGCAAAUAGUGUGGGCAGCAUUCCGAGUCUGGUUCAACAGCUGCACACAAACGUCUACACAAAGAAGAGCAAGAAUGUUGAAAUACUGCACCUGGCUGCUGAGCUUUGCAGAAAAUUGCAUGGUGUGCGAAUCACAUGUUGUAAGAGCGCGAAGGAUCGCACAGCUAUGGCUGUCACACUUGAACAAGUACAAAUUCUCCAAAGGGAUCACAAUCUUGCCUCACAUGUGUUCAUGCAGUCCCUUGACUGCUUCCGUAGUGAGGGCGUUAGACGAGAGAAUACGUUCAAAAAUGUUGGUUUGCGGAAGUACGCCUUCAACAGCCUGCAACUCCUGUCCUUCCCAAAACAAUACCGACCUCCAAACGGCACUUACGGGAAUGUACAGACGUAACCCCCCUGUGGCAAUAAACAGAUGUAACCAUUUGGUGUCAUUUGCAGCAUUGUAUAGAUAUAACAUCAGCAAUGAACAUCAGCAAUAAACACCUGCAAUGACAAAUGUACAAAUGAGAUGUAAUCAUAGUGGUGAACAGGGAUAAUAUUCAAUGCGAUACUUAUCCUUAACCUUAGACACGUCUCAGUAAUUCCAUUCAGUCUAUUGGUCAACUCCUGUAUUUUUGUAGUCCAAUCACAACACUUAGAUUCUACUCUUGGACUCUUGUACCCAGACUUAACAUCACUUGCAGCGUUGUCCUUAUGACGCUUGUGGCAACAUCCAGGUGUAACAAAGUUCAACUAAAAUACAAACAAUAAUGCAUUUAUAUCAAAACAUGUUCCAUAACUCUUACUAAAGUUUGUUGCAGUUAUUGCCCUUCAACCUUUGCCAGAUGGAUAAUGGUAUUCUGAAAUAAAGAUUAUGAUAUAGAUUGGAAAAAGUGAAAACUUUCCAUCUUUCUGACAGGCAUAAAUCUUGUUUAUCUAAGUUAUUCAACUUCGCCCCUUGUUUCGCAAAUUAUAUAGGGUGCCAUAUCCAAUUUACAAUGAUGUGAACUCUGGAUACUUAGUGACCCAAUAUUACAUUGAUAUAAUUUUAAAGUGCUUUAUGUGUGGAGAAAAACAAUGGAACAAUUAAUGAAAAUUCUAUUAAGAAUAUGGUUAUUUUAGCCUUGAACAACUGCAAAUUGGUAUUUUCAUGUCCGAUAAUAGUUUAAACAAAAUUUACAAACAAUAGGUACAAAACAUGAAUAUGAUGAUUAGUGGUACAAACAAUAAACAAAAAUACAAUCUGCAAUAACUUUAUCUAUAAGGUAUUUUAGGUGGGGGGGGGGGGGGGGGGGGGUAAUGGCAUUUCUCCUCGUUGGAGAAAUAUUGCUGUGUUUUUUAUAAAAAUAUAUCGUAGAAAAGGCACAUUUGUUCAAUUGAUAAAUAACAUGUGCAUGAGCAGACUUAUCAGUUGUUGAGAAGCAUCUCUAGUACUACCAAGCCAGUGUUUUCCCUCCCACGACCCAAGUAAAUAAAGUGUCGGUCGGUCAGUUGAUGAAUAAUUUUGUUUAUAUUAAUUUUGAGGAUAGAGAACAAACUUUUACAUUUACAGGCUUUUUAUUGAACAUGCUUUUUAUUUAACAUGAAUUGUGGCCAAUGCAAUAAACUUUAAGGGACUAGACAACGGAGGAUACAAUUGCAAGAAAAAAUAAAAUUGUCUUGAACUUUUAUAAAACUGAUAUCGCUGUGUUAAAUGCAUUGAAUCUUACUUAUUGAUGUAUAACAUCACUUACCACACAUGUGUCUUUCACAGUUUUUGAGUAUUUUUCCAGUUCGAAAUUUACUGGGAAAAUUGCCAUAUUUGAUAUCAGGACUGAACAAAAACAUGUUUUAAAGUAUUUGAUUCAUUGAUUGAAAUACAUGUUAAACAGUAGAAAAUAUAAUCAAAUUGCACAAUGUCUAUAUUUUAUUCUAUAAAGUCUUUAAAAAUGAAAAAUAAUGUAUACAGAAUAUCAGUCUGAAAAUGACCGCAUUUAAAGAUAAAUGUGUUUUUUUACUGAUAUUAAAUUAUUCACUUCAUAGCAUACCCGGUAGUUGUAUCACGAAGUAAAUAGUUUAUUAAUGUAAUCACCUAUGUGCUAAAAGUGCCAUUAAAAUUCGCUGCACUUAUUGACUUCUUGCACCAAGGUGACAAAUUUUAACUUAAUUUAUUACGCAUUUUUCUUAAUCACAUGUACCAUGUAUUUUAGAAUUUUAUUAUGGUAGAAAAAAGAUAUGUCACUCUACAGAUCACAUUAUGUGCAUGUGCAAUGUUACACCAUUCAUGGAAACAUUCCUGUUGAUUUAUUUAAAUUAAUAUUGAUUUAUAUAAAUUAAUAUUGAUUUAUAUUAUAUAAUAUUGAAUUGUGCAUCAUGAUAUUGUUCACUAACUAUUCAUUCAGCAAAGAAGUAAAUAAUAACCUUAGUGCAAGAACUCAAUAUCUGCUUCUAUUUCUAUAUGUAGUUAUUGAGUUAUUGCACUAAGGUGACGUAAUGCUCCUUGGUAUAUAAGGGCAAUAUAAAUUAAUUGCUAGAAUUUCAUCCUUUUUUUUUUUGUUUAAAUGGUAGGGGGUGACGUUUCAUUUUUUUUUUUUCUUAAAUGACUCUUUUAUCGUUGAAUAUGUGUACAUGCUUUUCAUUAUUGCAUAAGGGACCAUAAACAUGUGUUUUUUAGACAAACCAAGAACACCACUGUAAUAGUUCUCCUUUAUUACAUGUGAAUAUUUACAUGGACAAUGACUGGUAUGAAUAACCGCCUUUCUCAGACUGUACCAAUAGAUACGCAAAUACAGACCCUGGCUUAACAUUUUUAUUUGAGUCAAAAAUAUCUAAGGGGCAGUGGAAAAAACGACUUGGUGGGCGGGGAUGAAGAUCUAGCAAUUAAUUAAUAGCAAUCUUACUGAAAAUAUGUGUAGAUUUUCAGGAUUCAUUUUUUUUUCUUGUAUCACAUAAAAGGAGAUUCUUAGCUGGUUUCUUUGCUGCCAAAUGGUUAAUGAUUUAUUGUAAAUUAUAUAAUGUUAUAUUAUUACUCUUUAGCACAUAAGGGGAAAGACAUGAAAAGUCACAAAAUAGCCCUCUCUUUUCUAAUGUCCUGACCAGCGAAUAGAUCAAAAUUCCAGGGGGUUUUCCCUCACCGAAGAUGUAGAAGUUCAUGGUACAAUAUCAAAUCUAUGACAAAUCAAAUCUUAUCUCAAGAUGACUUCUAAACUGUAGUAAAAUAUUGAAAUUGGGCUUUGCUGUUUUUAUAUAUAGAAGAUAAGUAAAUUUUAUGACAUAUGAUGCCAUACCCAACCCAUGUAAAAUAUGUUAUUGACUGAUAAAUAAAUAGUAUUUCAGCUUCAUGUUUGGGUAGGUAAUUGAUUUACAUUUUUAAAAAUAUUUUUAACACUAGUGCCUGUUUAAAAUUUGUUUAAAAUAUCAAUAUGUUAAUGCAUUUUUGCACGAGAAUAUAUAUUACAUAUAGUAAAUGCGUUUAAGCUACAUUUUCCAUGUGAGAUUUUACAUGAUUAUUUACUUUUUGCGAAAUUGCAAAAUUGUAAGUUAUUAUGGAAUAUUUAUGUAUACUGUGUUUUUAAUGAAGUGUAUUGAUAUUGACUAAUCUAGUUUACAAUGUGCAAUAUUGAAAUAAACAUGA